AAAUAGUUCUGAAACCUUUCAGUGAUGAUGCUAUUCUUUCUCUGCUUCUGUGAAGAAUUAACCACUUCAGCAGAAAAAGGAGCAAAACAACAGCAACACUAGUUAACCACAGACAUUUCUCCUGACACUUAAAGACAUGUUACAUGUAGAAUCUUAAUAGAAGAAUGAUGUCCCUAAAAACAUCUUCUCUGCUUUGUCUGAUCUUUCUCCUGAGGAUCACAGCAGCUCUGGGGACUGAAUGGAGUGUGAAAUACAGCCAAGAAAAUCUCUGUGCUUUAAAAGGAUCUACAGUGAUUAUGAACGUCACUUACACACACCCAACACGUCUUACAGUGAAAGACAGGUUUUGGUUAAUAAACCCAGUUAAGGGUAUAAAGCCGACUGAUCUGUGUAAUGAACCAGGUUACUCAGGUAGAGUGCAGUAUUUAACAGAUGGACAGAAUCACUUCUCCCUCAGACUGAGUGAUGUGAAGAAAACAGAUGAACACAUGUACUACUUCAGAAUCACAACAAAUGAAGAGAAAGAAAAAUUCAUGGGUUAUCCUGGAGUUACACUCAAUGUUACAGAUCCUCCAAAGAAUGUCUCAGUGUCCAUCAGUCCCUCUGGUGAGAUAGUGGAGGGCAGUUCAGUGACUCUGACCUGCAGCAGUGAUGCUAACCCACCUGCACAGAACUACACCUGGUAUAAGGUGAAAGAAUCAUCACCUGUAGGAUCUGGACAGAGUUACAGAGCUGGACAGAGUGGACAGUACUACUGCGAGGCUCAGAAUGAACACGGCUCUGACAGAUCAGCUGCAGUGUCCAUCACUUUUAAUGAUGUUUCUGUGAUGGUGUAUGUUGCUGUUGGACUUGGACUUUUUGGGCUUGCAGCUCUUCUCUCUGCACUCUUCUGGCUGAGAAGCAGGAGACAGAAGAAGAAGGCAGAUGAAGAUGAAGGUGAGAAUCAGAACACUGGGCAGAGUGCCCAAAAUGACACAUACGCAAAUCUCGAGUUUUCACAGAUUUCUCUUCCCAGUCCUCCUGCUGACACGCCCACAUCCUCUGACUAUGAGAAUAUUGCAACUUUGAGGAGCAUGAUGAAUAAAAUGAACCUUGACAGAAUGUAUAAAUACAGAGAUCUUCACUGAAAUAACUGAACAAACUCACCAACAUCAGCAAAUAAAGCAGCUUUAAUCAUCAGUGUGUGAAGCAUUUUUCUACAAUCAGCAUGUUAGAACUUGGUGUGUGUGUGUUUUUUUUAUAUUCAAAUACUUUUUAUUCCUUUUACACCACCUCCUGUAAGUGUGUGAUUUGUUAACAAUCAGCUAGCCUGCUAAAUUUAUUGAUCAUUUAUUUAUUGAUCAUCAAGUAUUUCAUGUAUCAUGUGUGUUGAUGGUGUGAGCGGCCAUGCUAGCCACGUUGGUCUAAAGCCAUAUGAUAAAUUCAGAUUUUAGGAGACCCCCCUUACUAACUGAGCAGGAAUUAUGAGUUGAGAUGCCAGUUUCUUUGCUCUGAGCUUUAGACAAACACAAAAUGGAUUCCUGAUUGGCACAUUGAUCCUGGUGUACUGUAGGAUCCUGACUCACUAUGACUCUGACCAGGGUAAAGCACACAGUACAGCUACUUUAACUAGCCAAAGCUACAUAUAUACAUUUUUGUUUCGUUUCACUCUAAAAAAAAACAUAUGAAACUUAUUAUUUAGCUUUGUAUGUUAUAUCAGUAUUUAUAUAUUUUUACUCUAUGUGUGUUCUGUAAGCACAUGACAGUUAUUAUAAAUGAAGAUGCUGUAACGACUUCACCCGUACCUCCCCCUCCCAUCCACCAGAGGGACCCAUCUCCUGAAUAUUAACAGUGGCUCAAGGUUAAAUGGCACUUUCUGUAUUUGGUCUUCUUAAGCUAUGCUCCUGUUAAGAUUCAGCGUGAUGUAUUGUUAGGGGUAGCUACAGUAUGUACCACGCCAUUCAUUAGAUUUUUUCUUUGUGAUUGCUUUUUCUCUGUUUAACCCUGCAUUGUCCUCUUGUUUUUGCUCUUUAGAUUUUGUGUAUUGGAUUUGUCACCACAGUGUUUUCCUUAUCAGUUUUGUGAACUUCACCUGUUUUUUGACAACACUUUUUGUCUGUUGUUUUGGAUUA